AUGUCUGCCAGCAGGAAACAACCGUGCUGCAGCAAGGACCAGGUUGUUAAUUCAACCCAGAGGCCCCAGCGCCGUGACAGACCAUUCAGUCAGCCCCGGAAAAGGAAGCGAAGCCCAGCAUCCAGGUUAUCCCGACCUCCAAAGACCUCAGUGCCUCCCUCUGCAAUCGCACAUGAUGACCUGCCAGUGGCAAAAAAAUUGCCCCCCAGACCCGAGCCAUGCAGUACCAACCACCAGCCAACCAGCUCCAGUGACAGACAAAUCCACAACCUCUCAGUGGAAGAUUACCAGCGAGUCUACCAUGAGGUGGUGGAUAGCAGGCUGACGUCCAAGCAUGGCCGCAAACGUCCCUACAGUCUAGAGCUAGGCAGAAGCCUUAAACAAAACCUGUGGGAGAGACUGAAUCGUCCUAUGGUGGAAACAUCAACAAACGAGGACGGACUUGAAGAAACUGACUUUGUGUAUGGGCAAAAAGUCAAAAUCCCACAUUUUGACAUUUCCUGUUAGCCAAAUCCUCAACAUCCACCCAGCAAAAGAGCAAAGGAGAGGUGAAUGUAGAGCAGCCGGAGCACUGCUACAAAACAUAUAACAUAUAACCCAUUUUUAAACUCUGUUUACUGCAGCCUAUUUAACAAUAUAGGCAACUAUAUAAAAACAUAAAAAGAGAUCUAGACAUAAAAAAAACACGCAAAAAGUGAUUGGCAUACGAUCACGUUUUGGCACAUCAGUGCAGCGAGGUUGUAAUUGCUGCUUGUAACCAUCAGGGGGCAGUAUCGCUAGAUUGCAGUCUUGGAACCUGUAACGAGAAUCACCCUUCAUUAUCAUUAGAGUUACAUUGCGCCACACAAUAUGAAUAUGAUAAAGU